AUGCCAGAACCCAAACGCAUAGCCCAAAUCGUCCGCCUUAAACGCGAAUCCAUACCAGCCUACAAAGAAUGCCACGCAGCAGUAUGGCCCGCAGUCCUCAAACAAAUCAAGGACUGCAACAUCAGCGAUUACUCCAUCUAUCUCGACGAGACGUCGUUGACGUUGUUCGCCAGCAUGAAAUAUACUGGAAGUGACUUCGAGGGAGAUAUGGAGAAGAUGAAGGCCAACCCGGAGGUGCAGAGGUGGUGGGCUAUGACGGACGGGAUGCAGGAGAGUUUUGUAGAGGGUAGUACGGGGAGUAUGGAUCCCAGGGGAUGGUGGAGGGAGUUGGAGGAGGUGUUUAGAUGUGAGUGA